GUUCACAGAUAUUUUUCUCUUUAGAAUCUUCUGGACUUUCCCAACCCAAGCCUCCCUCCCACAUAUAAAAAUCACUUCCCAUUCUGCCUUCUACGCUGUGAAUUUCGGACGACAGAUUUCUCCAUUGUUGAGCGCUCGGAGUUUCUUGAUACUCUCUGUCAUAACAAUCAGGGGAGAUGGAGGCUGAUUGUGGCUCGACUUCGUAUUACAGCAUUCUCGGCGUCAGUUCUGGCUGUUCCGUCGAUGAAAUUCGCAGAGCUUAUCGCAAGCUCGCCAUGAAAUGGCAUCCCGAUAGAUGUGUGAAAAAUCCUUUGCCGUUAGGUACAGCCAAACGGAAAUUCCAACAAAUCCAAGAAGCCUAUUCAGUUCUAUCGGAUGAGAGAAAGAGAACGCGAUACGACGCCGGAAUUCAAGAUUUUGAUGAUGACGAAAACGACGAGGGAAUGUGCGAUUUCAUGCAAGAACUGUGGUCGCUAAUAGCGGAAGACAAGAAGAGAGAGGAAAAAAGCUGUAGCUUGGAGGAGUUGCAGGGGAUGUUGAUGGAAAUGGCGAAAGGCUUCGAUUUCAAUUGUUGGCCUUCUUACGGAACUUCUGAGUGUGAAAUUACUGAAGGGCCCAAGGAAUUACACAUCUACCAAGGCUCCGAUGUUCAUGUGUGGAACUGAUGAGAACACGUAGUUAGUAGGAGUAGUUUU